AUGACAAAUAGCUAUAAAAGACUUCACGAUGGAAGAGACAAACUUGAUAGACUUACAGAUCUUCCUAUUAAUGUCAUACACCAAAUUCAAGAGCACAUGACUAUUGAGGAUGCCACAAGAAUGAGUGUCUUGUCUAGUAAGUGGAGACAUAUUUGGGCUUCAAAUCCAAAGCUCAUAAUUUCUGCGGACUUCUGCAGAAAGGGAAAGCAAUCAAGCACAACAGACAUCAUUAAUAGAGUACUAUUGCAUCACUAUGGACCCAUUAAGACAUUUCUCCUUGAUCUUUCAAUAAUAAAUCCUUCUAAGCACUCAGUUAUUGAUCUAUGGAUGCUACAUUUGUCAAGAAAUGGUCUUGUGGAUCUUACCCUUCGGUGUUUAGAACAUCUCAAUACUCCUUAUAAGUUGCCUUCCUCUGUGUACGGUGUAGAGCUAGAACAUUUGAAUCUCUCAAACUGCAUUUUCAGGCCACCAUGCCGUUUUAGAGGGUUCCAAAAGCUGAAAAGCCUUUCACUAAAUCGAGUCUCGUUUCAAUUAGAUGUUGCAACUUCUUUCCUCUGUGUUCCAAACCUUUUAGAUCUGAUGUUUACACAGUGUAGUGGUCUUCAUCACUUGAAUAUAUAUGCCCCAGAACUUUUAUGUUUAAAAUUUUGCAAUUGUGGCAUUGACACAAUAAAAUGGAUUUCAUUCAAAGACUGCCGGAAGGUAAAAUUUUUUGCAGUUAUGCCACAACAGGAAGUUUCACAAAACGGACAACAUGAAGCAUUGAACUUGGUAAAACUUCUCAGCAGCUUGCCUGAAGUUAGAGCACUUAUCUUGGACGGAUGCUCCCUCAAGUUUUUGGCUUCUAGUGAUGUAGCAAGGAGGCUAUCAACAAUGCUCAAUCACUUGUAUAGAGAUGCAAAUCUUACUAGUUUUUCUUUAUACUACUUAGAGUUGAGUCGGAUCAAGAAUGGUUCCAGGAAAGUAGAUUUAAAUCAGUUGAAAGGACAAGGCUGCAGGAUUGAUGAACUCAAUAACCUUCAAACUCUAGGAAUACAUAGAUUCCAUGGUUCAAAAGUGGAAUUGCGGUUUGUAAGGUUAGUAGUGGCGUCUGCACCUAUUCUCGAGAAGAUGACCAUUAAUGUAGAUGAAGAAGUUAGUGAAAGGAAGGCAACUAAGAUCUCUAAAAUCAUUGGCGUCUUCGCCUAUUCUCGAUCAGCUCUUACACAAUUAAUAUGCCAAAAGCAUCAGCCUUGA